AACUAAGCUACACGAUGUUCAAAUCCAAGCAGUAGGGCUUGGUUAGUGUGUGUGAGUGAGUGUGUUUGUAUGACAAAAAAAAAAAAGUGAGGAAAGGAAAAUUGAAUUGAGAAGAAGCCCACGCGGUUUGAGUCAGGAGCGAGGAAAAGAAGCGUGAGAAGGAGGCAAGAAGGAACGGAAGAAGAGAAGAGAAUAGGAGAGAAAGAGAAAGAGGGGAAGAUGGCACGCAGCAUAACGUACAUAACUGGAUCGCAGCUUCUGGCUCUUCGGCGGCAACCCAACAUCGCGAUCGUUGAUGUGAGGGACGAGGAGAGGAUCUGCGAUGGCCACAUCUCUUCCUCUCUCCAUUUCCCCAGCGACACUUUCUCCGACAACAUGCCUAACCUUCUCCACCAGGUUAAAGGCAAAGACACCCUCGUCUUCCACUGUGCUCUCAGCCAGGUUCGGGGACCAACUUGUGCUCGAAAGCUUGUCAAUUAUCUUGAGGAGAGUAAGGAAGAUGCCGGGAUAAAGAACAUCAUGGUCUUGGAACGGGGCUUCAAUGGUUGGGAAGCUUCUGGCAGGCCUGUUUGUCGCUGCACUAAUGUUCCUUGCAAGGAGCAUGGGGCUGCAUAACUAGUUAGGAUGGAAUGGAAGCAUUGGCCUCAUGUGUAAUGCGUGCAGCACCUUUGUAUACCAAAAAGGAAAAUGUAUGAUUACUACUGUAAUCACUUCUUAAUGAGUCUUUGAGAAACUCAAUUCCCUAUAUGUGUUGUGCAUCGAUUCCAAUUGUAAGAAAUAUAUCAUUGGAGACUGGACCAAGAAUAACAAAGAUACUAUUCCGUUUC